UGUACCACAGAUUGCUUUGCCUCUCGGCAUAUGAGGUACUUAUUGUGCCCAAAUAACCUCGCAUGUUCUCCAUGUACAUCAUCAUGAAAUUCUGCAUCUGCAAGGUGGCCUAUGGUUACACUGCAGUGACCUUUUUUUUUUUCGUACAUACAUAUGUACAGCAGGUUGGUAGGUAACGGUCGAGGGGUUGAAGGGGAGGGGGAGUGUGGCUAUCCGUAUAAUUAGCCCGAUUUUCCUUACAGCAACGUCCAUCCAUCCAGAAUCAUCGUGUUGCAUAGAGAUAUGCAGCUAGCCUGAUUAGGUAAUGCACUGGAAACAUGCAUCUGCCGCGGAAACGUCAGAGCUUUUCUCAUCUCACUCUUUACUUGACAAUAUCAAUAAUUAUCAAUAUCCUGCAAUGGGGUUUCCAGAUAAGCCAUCUGCUCAUCUCUUGGGCGCCAAUGGCCCGGUCCAUGCCCUUGCAUACUCCGCCUCUCCAGGCACCUACAUCCUCACCGGUUCAGCGGACCGAUCUAUCCGCCUCUACAACCCAUUUCCCAGCACAUCUGGUCCUGGUGAUCGUCACAGCGUUGUUCCUCAGGGUCGAUUGAUUCAGACUUAUGCUGCUCACGGCUAUGAAGUCUUGAGCCUCUCUGUCGCUGCCGAUAAUGAACGGUUUGUGUCGGCUGGUGGUGAUCGCAGCGUGUUCCUUUGGGACGUGAGCACUGCUGUUACGACUAAGCGAUUUGGCGGCAACGUUCAUGGCCACACGGCUCGUAUUAAUUGCGUGAGCUUUGCGGGAGAAGGUGAUUCUAUUAUUGCCAGCGCAGGCUUUGACACUACGGUGAGAUUGUGGGAUACGAAGAGCAACAGCUUCAAGCCUAUACAGGUUCUCGACGAUGCCAACGAUGCCGUGACAUGUCUCGUCGUCCGUGGCUCCGAAGUCCUCGCGGGGAGCGUCGAUGGCCGUGUACGCAGCUACGAUAUCCGCAUGGGAAAAGUCACAACCGAUGUGAUAGGCGCACCCGUUACGAGUCUCAGUCUCACCCGCGAUGGACGCACCAUGUUGGUCGGGAGUCUCGACAACAAACUCCGACUGAUGGACCGCGACAAUGGCUCCUGUCUACGCGCAUACACCGACCCAGGAUGGAAGAACGAAGAUGUCAAGCUGCAGGCGCUGCUGGGCGGCAAAGAGAAGUACGUAGUGGUUGGCGAUGCCAUGGCCGGUGAGCCUGCACCCAACGGACAUGGAAGGAUAUGGGCUUGGGAUUUGUUGACGGGAAAGGUGGCGGCUAAGGUGACGGUUCCUUGGGGGCCAGAAGGGUUUGAACCAAAGAAGAAGGCUGUUGGCCGGGAUGGAAAGGAGAAGGUGAGGAGUAACGUUGUGAGUUGUAUGGCGUGGAGGGAGGAUGGUUGGGGAGAUCAGUUCUGCGUUGGUGGAACAUCAGGCGUGGUGACGGUCUACGGAGCCUUGUAGACAUCUAUCUAUUAUACCCAUUACUUUCAAGAUCAAGGUCAAGGUCAAGCGAGAUAGCGUCUUUGUUUAUACUCGGAUCUAAUACAUCAUCAUCAAAGGCGUUCCAAUUCGUACAGACAAGAUAUUGUCCAUCAUGAUACCCCCUUGCAGCUUGCUUGAACAUUAAUAGCCCCCCACCAGCGCCAAAUCGUUAUGAAAAUUGCCAGAAAUAAAGACUCUGUACCCCUUUCUAUGCAUCAAAUAUUGUCAAAAUGUUAUAGGAGACAAAACUUGUUAGCCCA